AUUUAAGCUGUAGUUAUGAUUUGUUAGUAGCAGUUCCCUUUAGUUCCUUUUGUAGAAAAGAAACCUGAUGUAACAGUAGAACAGUUAAAAAAAAAAAAACACUUGUUGCCUGACAAGUGUAACUACUACUACUGCAAUGAACUGACUAGCAUAAGGGGAGAGUUCAUGAGUUUUUCUUGCUGACGCACCUUGCCUGCAUCAGGAUAUGCACUGUCUCAGGUACUGAACCUAUGUAUUUUCUACUGGUCUUCUGAAUGUAAUCAUUUUACAUCUGCAGCUGGAUUACAUUUCACCUUACCAUUUCUUAUUGGUUACUGCUGGAACAAUCCUUAUUUUUCAGGCUCAGAAAAAUAACCUCUGAACCUCAUCAGACCUCUUCCUUGAUUUUUCCAACAAGUCCUCAGGACCCACUGUGGAUUUUAACAUCAUCUUCCUCUUGCAUCACUGGUGUCUGUGGAUAAAAAUCAACCUACUAAUCUAGUUGUUAGCUAACUUCUAACAAGAUACAAGCUGCUCCAUUCAUCACAAAGAGCUGCCACAGUAAGAGCUGAAUGCUUUGAACAUAAUGACAGCUGAAGAUUCCAUUACAAUGAUCAGUAACAAUUCCACUAACAUGGCUGCAAGCAACAUUCCUGAAGGUGUAGCUGGCACACCAAAUGAAGCAGUGCUUUUGUCCCUUAUGGAACGCACAGGCUAUUCAAUGAUCCAAGAGAAUGGUCAACGAAAGUACGGUGGACCCCCUCCAGGAUGGAAUGAGCCAGUUCCUGCUAGGGGCUGUGAAGUCUUUGUUGGUAAAAUCCCUAGAGAUGUCUAUGAGGAUGAACUUGUCCCUGUGUUUGAAUCUGUUGGCCGAAUUUAUGAGAUGCGUCUAAUGAUGGACUUUGAUGGCAAGAACCGCGGCUAUGCUUUUGUUAUGUACACUCACAAACAUGAAGCCAAAAGAGCUGUCAGAGAACUUAAUAACUAUGAAAUCCGUCCAGGAAGACUUCUAGGUGUUUGCUCUAGUGUGGAUAAUUGUAGGCUAUUCAUUGGAGGCAUUCCUAAAAUGAAGAAACGGGAAGAGAUAUUAGAAGAGAUUUCAAAGGUGACGGAAGGAGUUUUAGAUGUAAUCGUCUAUGCCAGUGCUGCUGACAAGAUGAAGAACAGAGGUUUUGCAUUUGUCGAGUAUGAAAGUCACAGAGCUGCUGCUAUGGCAAGAAGAAAACUGAUGCCAGGCAGAAUACAGCUUUGGGGUCACCAGAUUGCAGUUGACUGGGCAGAGCCAGAAAUUGAUGUGGAUGAAGACAUCAUGGAAACUGUGAAAAUUCUUUAUGUCAGAAAUCUGAUGAUUGAAACAACAGAGGACAUGAUCAAAAAGAUAUUUAGUCAAUUCAACCCUGGCUGUGUAGAGCGAGUUAAAAAAAUACGUGAUUAUGCAUUUGUACAUUUUAUAACUAGGGAAGAUGCAGUUCAUGCUAUGAAUAAACUAAAUGGGACUGAACUGGAAGGAUCGUGCAUUGAAGUUACAUUAGCAAAGCCGGUAGACAAGGAGCAGUAUACUCGCUACCAAAAGGCGGCCAAGGGAACUCCAGCAGCGGAAACACAACAGGCUAAUUAUGUUUACUCUUGUGAUCCCUACACAUUAGCUUAUUAUGGGUAUCCAUAUAAUACCUUGAUUGGGCCUAACAGGGAUUAUUUUAUUAAAGGAGCAAUCCACACUUCUGGCAGAAAUGAACCCUUUUCCAGCGCAGUGAGAUCCGAACCCACGCUGCAACAUUCAGGCAGUGUGAGAGGCAGGGGUCGAGGUGCUGCAGGAAAUCGUGCUCCAGGUCCCAGAGGUUCUUAUCUGGGGGGGUAUUCUGCGGGUCGUGGCAUCUACAGCAGAUAUCAUGAAGGGAAAACCAAGCAACAAGACAAAACCUAUGAGCUUGUACCCAGCUUAGAGCUAACUGCUGUGAAUCCUGUUGCCAUUAAACCAGGAACAGUGACAAUCCCUGCAAUUAGUGCGCAGUAUCCAGUGUUCCAGACAGCACCAGCUGCCAAGAUUAUGGAUGAUACCAAGAUGCACACAGUGGAGCACAUUAUAAACCCUAUGGCUGUCCAGCCAGACACAGCUACUGCUACAGUUAUUCCAGCGGUUUCAUCCCCACCACCUCAGUUUCAGGGUCGCCCAGUAACUCCAGUCUAUGCAGUCACUCCAAACAUUCCUAGAAUCCAUGCAGGGAUCUAUGGUACCAGCUAUCUUCCUAUAGCAGCCCCUACACCUGCAGCCAUAGCGACACUACAGAAGAAUGCAAUAACAGCAGCCUACGGAGGGUACGCUGGCUACAUCCAUCAAGCAUUUCCAGCUACUGCUAUACCUGUUCCAAUUCAUGAACUCUAUCAGACUUAUUAACACACUUAGGCUAUUGUAAAAGAGCACUGAAGGAACUCUUUAGUAUUUAUGAAGAAAGAACUUAAACUUGUCACGGAGCUUAUCCUGACUUCCAAUGAAAAACCUGAAAGUGAAUAACAGGCUGAAAUAUUUAACUUAUUUUAUAUAUAUAGCUGACGUUUGGUUCAAAAUGAAUUUACUACAGUUAAUCACAACAGAUGUAUUAAAGUGCAUCUCCAUGCAAAAA